AUGUCAAUCGCUGCUGCCAAUGUCGCCGCUGCAACUAAUGCCUCAGGUGCAUCAAGUAAACUGCCUCCCAAUGAAGUAUUGAUGAGCAAGAAAGGAUGGGAGAUUGCCAAGUCACCAAUUAAGGGUAUAUUUAUGAAUGCCUUCAUCUUGUGGAUGAUUGGUAGUGCGAUCAGUAUCUUCACAAUGCCUCCUGUUAUAUACAUGGUCAUCGGACCUAUCAAGGCUAUUCUACAGACAAACGCAGUGUUUAGCAGAUUCGAAGUGCUCAAGCGUGAAGUAUUGCUAAUGAAGCUCACAUACAUCGCCAUCCAACUCGGUCUGCUCAGUGUAGCACUCUACAAAUGCUCCAGUAUGGGACUGCUACCCAUCACUCAAUCAGAUUGGCUAUCAAGUCUACCUUUGAAGAUAAACUAUGACGCAGUCAGUGGCUCACAGAUAUAG